AUGCUAUUCAUUGCCACGGAGCAUGGCCAGUUGAGUACACUCCCGGAGGUUGCAGCUUAUCAUGGGACCAUGGAGCCUCAUCGUAGUAGAGGAUCGGUGCUACCUCCAUUACACCAACAACAAAUCUGGGGACCAGCACAAUCAAAAGCUGGUAUGGCUCCUCUUAGACUCAAAGGCUGGGCUGCUGAGUGGGAUAACAUCAUACUUGACAAAAAGAAGUGGUGUGGGGGCUGCCGAAGGAAUAUCGCCCUCGGGAUCGUGCUUGCGGUGGCCGUGCUUAGCAGUCUGCUCCACAGCGCCAUGAUCAGCAGCGUACUGCUCAAGCUCCCCGAGCUGCCCCAAUUGCACCUGCUGCAGCGCGUAACUGCCUCAGCAGGCUCGAGUCCUCGUUCGGAUAUGCGCACUGGCAGAAACUACCUUCUGGCAGAUUCGAAGAAGCUUGAAGUUAUGGAUGUCGGAGGAAAGAUGGAGCUGUCUUCGGACAACUUUACUUCUGCUCAGGAGUAG